AUGUGCAUCUUCAUAUCAAAGUUCAUGAAAAAACGAUCAUCGGUAUUUCGCAGCCUCCGUGCACCCCGACGCGUCACGUGUGAUGACUCGCCUGGAAUCCCCAUCGCCGUUCCUUCGGCGCCACUUCUGCGGGCAUAUAAGGGGCGGCCGGAUCAGCCGAGGCCUCCAGUGCUGACGCUCGGCGGCCGGACGAGUCUCGGCAUCGGCAGGUGCAAGAAGGUUGACUCCGUACCUGACUUCCAGCCUGACCAGUUUCAAGGUCUCUGGCACGUCAUGGAGAUCUUCAGUACGAGCAGCCACUGCAUGACCAUGACCUUCAAGCGAACCGGCCGCUACACUUUCAAGGUCACGGAGUCUCGGGAGUUCGACCUUCUGCGGCGCUUGGGCCACGACCACACCUUCGCCAACACGGGGACUUUCACCGUCAAGCACCCUUGGCACCCGGCCAAGUUCAAAGCCAGGUGGCCAUCAAACAUCUUCGGCUCCGCGGACGCCACCAUCGUCGACACCGACUACGACUCCUUCGCUGUCCUCGUGGAGUGUCAGCACGUCUUGUUCUUCUUCAGGAGAACUUCUGCCGUGAUCCUCAGCCGCGAGAACAGCUUAGAUCCUGUCAUCGUCAGUAGGGUCAAGGCCGACCUGGCCAAGUACGACCUGGACGUGGCGCACUUCGACGUGAUCAACCACAGCGGCUGCCGCGCGCCGGGCGAGGCCGCCUUCAACUAUGCCAUCGACGCCUCCACGCUCAGCUUCCUCCGGAGGCAGCACAAGUCGUCGAAGGCGAGGCCCAAGACCCCUCCAAGGGCGCGGCCUCCCGUGCGCUUCGGGAUGCGAGUGCCUCGGCUUCGCAUCGGUUAGAGCUUCGUGGCGCUGCUUCGGCUGCCGUCGGAGGAGAGCGAAGGAAGGUUUUCUAUGCGCGAAGCCCCUGGCGAGGCUUCAAGACUCGCCAGUCGGUGACUUGAAGCCUUGGGGAAGCCUGCUCUGCUUCGCAAUGCUCGCCAAGCUUCACGCUGGUCCAAAAACUGCCUUAGAAGACGUGGCGCGUCGGGCCUUCAGGUAAACCUAGCUCAGGGAGAGUGGCCACGUUCGC